CUGGUCUGCUUGUGGUGAAACGCGACACGAAAAUUCCGACCACAGCCGUUUCUUCUACGCAGCUUUUCUCGGUUGCUCGGCCAACUGCGCAGAAGCCAUAAACCCGCGGCGGUCCAUGGCGUGCAGCUUCUCCCCUUCCUCCGCCACGAGGCUGCAGGCCUUGGAGGCGGCGGCGGGCGGGAAGAAUGCGAGGAUCCCUCUCAAGGCGUCCGUCUCGCCCCCGCUGAGAUCGCUCGGAAGCUGCAAGGCGGCCCGGCAGGAAUUCGAGGGCGCUACUCAGGAUCCCAGCGUCUCAGUUUCUUCGGCACGAACCCAGUUGGAUCUCCUGGAGCAACUAACAUCAUCCCCUACAUCUGAUGGCAUUGAGAGUGGCGCCCCUGUAGAAUCCCGCCCGCUCACUACCAUCCGCGAGCAACUGUCAGCACUUUACGGUGAAAGGGGCGGUGAGUUCACCCUCCCUAUGGGAAAGAAGCUCAAGGAAGGCCUGAAGGCCCUCAACUCGAUGACCGUGUCGCAGAGGAGGAACAUCAAAAGGCAAGCCAUGCUCACCAAGGUAAGCGGGCGGAAUGACUCGGUGUUCUUUGCAACUGUCGGGGCAUUUGUCCUUGUGCCGCCUUUAGCCAUUUUGGCUAUUGCUGUCCUAACUGGUUAUGUCCAACUAUUGCCAUGAACAAAAAGGUGCAGGUUUUUAGUGGCCAUCUUCAGACUUAUCAUACACAUGAAGGUACUUUUGCUCUGCAAGAGAAUUGUAUUUGUGUAUAUAGUCAGAACUUGUAUAUGAAGUAGGGAUUGAUCGAUUAAGCGCCUGGUAUGGCGUGAGUAUGCUGUAUCCAUUAGGCACGAGGAACAUCAAUAAAAACUUAAAACACAACAAGGAAGACAAGUAACAAAUGUAAAAUGUCAACAGAAAGAAGGAAUUGAGUAGAAAUUGUUAUCCCGUGCAGUGCAUAUGUAAACAAAUUAUAUUUCUGUUACAUGUUCA